GUACCGGAAGUGAUAUUCACGUGUCAACCUGGCUCGUUCCGUUCCGUUCGUUGCGGAGGAGGAGCUGUGCCUGGUGAAGUUGCCUGAAACGAUAGAAGAGCAUAUGCCAUAGCAUGUGUUUAUAGUAGAGCUAUUUGCAUAUAGUUUUACUAACUGAAUUACCGUGGUCUGAUUUGACGAGAUGACACAAAACUGCAGACCCCUCAAGCGCCCUGGUGUCGGAGUAGGGGUUCUUGUCACAGAUUCAGCUCACUCCAGCUGCGUCCUCUUAGGGAAGCGAAAAAGUGCAAUGGGCAAAGGAACGUAUCAGCUACCUGGCGGUCAUCUAGAAUUUGGAGAGACAUGGGAAGAUUGCGCUCACAGGGAGGUGAUGGAAGAGGCAGGAGUGCGCCUGAAAGAAGUAAGGUUCGCAUCCGUGGUGAACUCCAUCAAGCUCGAUGAGCAGUACCACUACAUCACCAUCAUCAUGCAAGGAGAAGUGGACAGGAGCUACCCAUCAGAGCCAGUCAAUCUCGAACCAGAGAAAAACGAAGGUUGGACAUGGACACAGUGGGACCAGUUUCCUCAAGAGGACCAACUCUUCCUGCCUCUGGCCUGCCUGAGACAACAGGGCUUCCAGCCGUUCAACACCACAUAACACUGCAGCUACCCAGAAACAGAGAAGAGAGGGGCGAAACACAGGGAUAGAAGACACAUACAUUAGAACUGCUUUGUAGGACCUAAUCAAGUCAGGCAGUUGGGUAUACAUGGUAACGGUUGAACUAAUGUUGAUCAGCACCUUUGGUUGGGUAAACAUGGCAACGGUUGCUGGACUUAUGAGGGGACAACUCAUGGAUCUAACGGAAGGAAGUUAUGACAACAAAUCAUUACGGUUUGAGUGUAUUUAUAUCAAUGAAAUGUUAAUGCAAAGCACACUGUACUACAAAUAACCUGUAUGUGUUUUGUCAAUAUUAAAAGGAACAUAAGAAGUA